AUGGCAACGCAGUGGGUUCUGGGCAAGGUCUCUGAGGCUCUUGCUCCCACCGUGUCUGGAGUGGUCUCAAGUGCCGGCUCCUUUGCAGGUGGAGCGAUUAAUGCCGUAGGAGGCAGUAUCAACGGGGUGGGUCAGGGCAUUAACAACUCGAUCCGAAGCUAUGGGGACGGCGUGAAGGAUUAUGGAAAUGCCAUCAUGGAUUGGACAAAGGCGGAUGGAAGCAGGGCACAAACGGCAAGUAACCCAUUGGGGUUGGGCUCGGGGGUGCCGGGAGGAAAGAGACAAGUGACAAAUCCUCAACUGUACCGAGCACCACCCAAGAGCAGUCCAUCCAAGACCUUGAUGACGACAAGCAAGACUUCAGCACCUCAAAAGAAGAUUGCGGGGGGGACGCCGAGAAAAGCAUUGCCAGCACCUGGGCCGAAGCCAGUUGGCGGCGGUGCGAAGAAGUCGACAUCGGCGGUUCCUGCUCCAGUUCAGAAACACGUCUCUUCUGCACCGGCCAAGUCUGCAUCGACACCAAACCCAGGCGCCAUGAGGAAGAAGCCUGGUGACGAGACGUCAAGCAAAACGACCGGGGCGGCCAAAAAGCCUACCACCUCGGUCAAAAAGGCGACCUCGGCGAAGCCCAAUGGUGCAGCCGGGGCAAAACCCGCGACCAAGUCAAAGAUCGUGGGCAAUCCCACUGCUGCAGCAAACCCUCUGGGUCUCAAUUUCUAG